CAAAGUCGAUAACCAAAACUCCUCGCAGCAAUUUUCGAAGCGACUCAAAUAAACGUUCGAUAUCCUCGGGAAAUUAAUUUUCGCUCCGAUAAAUCGAUAUCUCCCGCGGCAAAAUCGUUUGAAAAUCCCGAGGCCCCCGGAGUCCGAAGAUCAGUGGAUCGAGCCUGGAGUUCCCCGCGCAGAAGAAUGCGUUGAGUUGCCCGGAAGGACCCCGAGCGAUGAACAAACUUGGAACGAUGGAGGAGCCGAAGCAAUCGGCUGUGAAGUCGUCGAAGCCGGGGGUGAGCACGACGGAGGGCAAACCCCCGACGCAGAUGGUGCUGACGAAGAUGAUAGAGGAGAAGCACACAUUCACGUACAAGAAGCUGGUGGUGCCGAUGUCGAUGCGCAGCGUGUACUGGAAGUUCUUCGGUUUCCCAGCGACCGAGGACGGCGACAUCCUGACAAAAGUGAAGAUAGUCUGCAUCCUCUGCAAGACGCAGAUCGCGUACAACAGGAACACGAGUAAUCUGCGAAUGCACCUGCAGAACAAGCACAAUCAGGAGCUGAUGGAGCUGGAGGCGUCGGCGCCGGCGAAGAAGCCCCCGCAGUCGCUGAAGGACAAGAAGGUCCAGAAGAAGCUGCUGAAGGCGAUGAACAACCACCACAUCUACACGACGAACAUCGACGGAACAGUGCAGAUAGACGGGGACAUUCAGUUCGUGACGGAUCCGACUGUCUCGCUGUCGAGCCUGGGUGAGGACGUCAGCGAGGAGGACAUCGGCGACGAGCCUGUCCGGGUGAUGCUGAAGGAGCCCUCGACAUCGAGCACAAACGUCACUUACCUGGUGCGGGAGGAGCAGAGCAGCAUCGACGAGAAGGCUGUGUCAGAUGCUAUUUCGGAGUUCAUUGUCAUGGACCUCCAGCUGCCUGAGAUCGUCGAGGGCAGGGGCUUCCAGAGGCUCAUCGCCACCCUGAGGUCCCCCUGCGAAAUUCCGAGCAAGAAUAAGCUGGAGGAGGAGAUCAUUCCGAAGGUCUACGACACCUUCAGGGAGUCCGUCACCUCGACUAUCGCAUGCAACAUUGGGGAGAUUGGACUCGCUGUCGAGGAGUGGAGGUCCAACUCGGGGGAGAGCUUUGUCACUGUCUCCAUGUUCUAUCAGAACUCCAGUGAGGCCACGCUGGAGGUGAAGGUCCUCAGCACUGUGCACGCCUCUCAGGAUUGGGGGGAGGGACAGUGGGGCGGGAUGGUGGACGCUGUCGUCAUGGACUGGGAGCUGAGGAUCGAGAAGAUCACUGCUGUCGUCGUGGGCACCAUGAGGAACGAUCUCGUCGCUGCGCUGACUAGCAGGGGGCUCACUGUGGUGCCUUGUCUGCUCAGCACUCUCCAGGUCUGCGCUCAGGCGUGCUUCGAGACCCCGGAGGUCGCAGCGAUCUUGAGCAAGUGCAGGGCCAUCAUUGGGGGCAUUGCCAAUAACAGCGCUGCUUUGGCUACCAUGAGCAUGCAGGAACAGCUGCUCGAGUUAGAGGAAAAUCUGAUGUCAAUGGACUACCCCAAAAUCUGGACGUCAACGUACACAAUGUUGGAACAGAUGAUCAUGAGAAGUAACAUAAUUACUUCGAUAUUCGAGACAGUCGAGGGCUUCGAACAAGAGGCUGCGGAGCUCACCAACGACCAGUGGAAAGUCAUGCAGGACCUGGUGGCUGUACUCGAGCCCUUCAAGGUCACGAUAAUGACCCUGAGUGAGGAGAAGAUGCCGCUGAUAUCGCUGCUGAAACCCCUGCUGUGGCAGUUGGUGUCUUCCCACCUGAAGCCUAAACCCACUGACAGUGAAAUCGCCAAGUCCUUCAAGGAGUCCCUCUCGGAGAUGCUUGUGGAACGAUACGCUGAUCCUGGUGUCACUCUCUUACUGCAGAUCGCAACUACUUUGGAUCCGAGAUUUAAACAGCUGCCUUACGCGACUGAAGAAGACAAAACGACCUCAGCCGAGCCAAUAAAAGAGAUGUUAACAAAGCUGAUUCAACAGGGAAAAGUCGAGGAGCCAGAGACAAAAAACCUGUCCCCUCCGAAUAAGAAACCCCGCCUCUCAGGGAUGGAAUUGCUCCUGGGCAAUCUCUGCUCGACGAAAAUCGGAAUGCCAGCGAAGGAGAAAGCGAAUUUGGAGCUGGUGCAGUACCAGUCGGAGCCCGCAGCAGCUCUGGACAACUGUCCCCUCCAGUGGUGGUCGCAGAUGUCCGCCAAGUGCCCCAACCUGAGUAAACUGGCCAGGAGGUACCACUGCGUGCCCGCCUGCUGUGCACCAUCGUCGAGAAUUCCAGCUGAAGCACAGGUUCUCCACGACAGCCGCAGGUCCGCAUUGCCACCUCACCUGGUGGACAAAUUACUGUUCCUCCACGGUAAUCACACGGCUUGAAAUUUCAUUGGAAAAUUUCCAUCGAUUGGAUCAUGUAUAAAUGAAAUUUUAUAUUCGUAUCCAGCAUUUCUAGCUUCAUCCUUUGUGUUUUAUAUUGUAUAUUUUAAUAUAGGAUUAAAACAAUUAGUACAAAUAUUCAUGCGAUAUUUAAU